AUCAUCCAAGAGUACCAAAGAAUUGGGCCACAUCCCAUGGCUGCCUCUUUUUAUUUCUUUAUGUUCAUGCAUUUGAUCAUCUGUUGCUUUCAACUUAUUACUGCAACUCCUAAUAAUUUCUCUUUCAUGCAGCCACUCUGCCAUGCUGAAGAGAGCUCUGCUCUUUUGCAAUUCAAGCAAGCAUUUUCCUUCAAUAAAUCUGCAUCUUCUGAUCCCUUGGCUUACUGGAAGCUACGAUCGUGGAAGUUCAAAGUUGGUGGAGGCAGCGACUGCUGCUCCUGGGAUGGUGUCGAGUGUGACCAGUCUACAGGUCAUGUAGUUGAUCUUGACCUCAGUAGCAGUUUCCUCUUUGGCUCUAUCAAGUCCAGCAGCAGCCUCUUCAGCCUAGUACAUCUUAGGAGGCUCAACCUUGCUGAUAACCACUUCAAUUACUCCCAAAUCCCAUCGGAAAUCAGCCAUCUUUUGCUGCUAACAACUCUAAACCUUUCUCUAUCUGUAUUUUCUGGCCCUAUCCCUGUGGAAAUUUCCAGAUUGUCCAAAUUGAUUUCACUUGAUCUUUCUCUAAAUUCAGGACCAUUGAGACUUGAAAAGCCUGGUCUCCAGAGCUUGCUUCAAAACUUAACUAGUCUAGAAGAAAUUCAUCUCGGUCAGGUGAAUAUAACUUCCAAAUUAAUAUUGCCCAACAUCUCUUCUCUGAAAACUAUAAGCUUGAGUGAUUGUGGGUUGUAUGGAACAUUUCCCACAUCCAUAUUCCAUCUACCAAAGCUUCGAGUUCUCAACUUACGUGAUAAUUAUCUCCUUACUGGCCAUUUGCCAGAAUUUCAGCACUCUAGUUCACUUCAAAAGUUGAUACUUGCUUCCACCAAUUUCUCUGGUGAGCUACCAAACACGAUAGGAAAUCUCAGUUUCCUAGAUAAGUUGGACUUAUCACGCUGCAAGUUCUCAGGAUCCAUUCCAGCUUCACUUAACCGGACGCAACUCACUGUUCUGAAUCUUGAAUAUAAUAACUUUAGUGGUCAGAUUCUUUCUUUGGCAGGCUUAUCACGACUCCGUGAUUUAGAACUUUCUCACAAUGAAUUUGAUGUAGGAAGCAUGUUUUGGCUUUGGAAUCUGACUAGCCUCACCACAUUGUACCUUAAUGGCAUAGAUUUACAAGGUUCGGUCCUUUCAUUUCCUGCAAACAAAAUCCAGCAUGCUACCAUAGGCCUUUCCACCAACACUACUCUCUUGAAUUUCAAGAGGUUACAGUUCGAUUCAUGCAACCUCGGAGAUUUCCCAUAUUUUUUGAGCUUCCAAAAUCAACUUGAGGAGCUUUCUCUUGUAAACAAUAGAAUUCGCGGCCAAAUUCCAGCCUGGAUGUUAAACAUAAGUAAAGAUACUCUCGGGAUAUUACGCCUGCAAGGAAACAAUCUCACAGGCUUUGAGCAACAACCAAUUAUUCUUCCUUGGGCUAAGUUAAGCCUGUUAGACCUUAGCUACAACAAGUUGCAGGGAAGGCUGCCAAUUCCACCAACAUCUAUUCUCGCUUAUUAUGCCUCAGACAAUGCAAUCAUUGGAAAACUUUCCCCAUUGAUCUGUACAUUGAGUUCCCUUUACAUUCUUAAUUUGUCUAACAACAAUUUGACAGGAUUAAUUCCUCCAUGUCUGAGCAACUUCAGUGAUUCUCUAUCAGUUCUUGAUCUUGGACGCAACAACUUCUACGGUCCCAUUCCCCAGGCAUACAAUAAAGGAAACAAUCUAGAGUUAAUUGGCUUCGCUCAGAAUCGACUAUCAGGGAAACUACCAAAAUCAUUGGCAAAUUGUACCGAGCUUAAGAUUCUUGACGUCUCCGAUAAUCUAAUUGAAGAUGCAUUCCCUUUUUGGUUGGGAACUCUUACAGAGCUAGAGGUUCUCAACUUGCACUCCAACAAAUUCUAUGGUGCAAUAAGGAGUCCAAGAACCAAGUUUGAGUUCUCAAAGUUACGCAUCAUCGUCCUCUCCCGCAAUGGUUUUUCAGGUGAUUUGCCAACAAAAUACAUUCGUAGUUGGAAUGCAAUGAAACCACUUGGAAAAAAAGAGACAAAUCAAGCAAUCCCCCCCAUCGAGUUUCAGUUGCUACCAGGUAUAUGGUGGGAACACGAUUUUUUCUACUCUAUGACCAUAACAAACAAAGGUGUAGCCAGAGAGUAUAUUAAGACUUUGGACAUUUUCAUUGGCAUUGAUCUCUCAAGCAACAAAUUUGAAGGGGGAAUUCCAAAAUCUUUGGGAGAUCUCAAGGCACUUCAGCUACUGAACCUCUCUAACAACGAGUUGAGUGGUGGAAUCCCAUCAUUCUUGGGGGACCUCUCCAACCUUGAAGCCUUGGACCUUGCUCAAAACAAGCUCUCGGGGGAGAUCCCUCAACAAUUAACACAACUCACUUUCCUUGCAUUCUUUAAUGUCUCCCACAAUAAUCUUGUUGGACAUGUCCCAAAAGGUCAUCAAUUCAAUACGUUUCAGAACAACUCGUAUGAAGGGAAUUCAGGACUUUGCGGGGAGCCGCUGUCAAGGCACUGUGGAGAAUUGGAUGCUCCCUCACCAACAUUGUCACCGCAGCCUGUAGACUCCGAAGGAAGCAAGGAUUCAACAUUUCCUAGUGGAGCUGAUUGGAUUGUCAUAUUCAUGGGAUUUGGAAGUGGGACGACGAUUGGGUUUGCCAUCGGGCAAAUGUUGACCUCUAAGUACCACGAAUGGUUCCUGGAGACCUUUGCAAGGAAGAAAAACAAUCAAAGAAGGGAGAGGAAGAGGAAACUGUAA